GUUAACUGUUCUGUACUGCAGCCGUUAGUAGUUUGAAUCGAGUCGAAUAAUCAAGAGAUAUCGAGAUGCAUAUCAAAGGGAGAUGUAUUCAGAGGCGUUGCGUUUUGCUUGCUAUCUUGGUCAUGGGACAACAGUUCAAUUUUGUCUUUGCGAAUCAAGUGUUGGAUUUGAAAGAAGGAAUGCGGAAACGAACAGGAAAGCUGAACGACGAUUGGGAAUUAUUUGAGCAAGAACCAAAUCACAAGUACAAAAGGUUGAAUCAGGAUCUGGAAAGCAAAAACCAAAAAUCUCUCAACAGCGGAAAAGAAAUCGUAAAGGAAAGUAAACGUGGUAUACAUGCAGUCCUCUUUGGAGCAAGCAUUGCGACAUCUCUCAUCAAUCUUGGAUUAGACAUCAUUCUCAAAGUAAAGGGCUGUUGUGUCUUCUAUAAAUCCAUUUGCCGAGAUACGAAGGAAUAUAACGGUAGAAGUAGGGCACUGGCAAGACAAAUGAACGCCAUAAAUCUUGAGUGGAGAAGAGUAAGAUUGUUGCGUGACUGGAUCAAGGCCUCCAACGACAAGAACGCAGAAAUCUGGAUUGAAGUCAAACGUAUCGGAGACUUACAAGACCAAAUUGUCAAGACCCUUGAUCCUGGAAUAAUCAAAGAAUUCAAUAUAAAAGUCGACAAUAUAAGAAAACAGGUCAAAGCUGGAAACCAAUCGGUCAUAAAUAUGUCGUACCAGGAAUUUGAUAACUUGUUUCAGUCUUCGUUCACGACUGUGGGAGAUACAGCACUACGCCUGGCUGGUAUAACGGGCUUGAUUGGUACUAAAAUCGCUGCAUUUGGAUUCAAGCAUUAUAAACUAGCCAAGAUAACCAAAACUCUCCGCACCAGUUACGGCAGUAAGUUACUCAAAGCCGGUCCUGGCGCCAAGAAAUUCUUUGGAUUUUCUAAAGCCGGGAUGAACAUGCACUUAAAACAGACAUCAAGAAGCAUGUACAAAGCUACCUUCACUGGUAGUCGUGCAGCGAGAUUCAUGAAGGGUGCUGGUUCUGUAAUGAGUGUAGUAUCAAUCGCGAUGGAUAUCUAUAGCAUCAUCAAGAAAAUACGAGCAUGUAAAAAAGUGCGUGAUAGAGCAAGAAAUGGCGUAAGGGAAGUGCGCUUAGCACAGGCACGAGCGGGAGUACUUGCCAGUCAGCUCCAUUCUUAUAAAAUACAGUUGAACAACAGGGGUGUCAUCUUCAUCAAGAAGCAACUGGCCUCCCAAGAUCUCCACACUAUCUUAGCUAGCAUCCGGGAUCUUUGCCUCGGAGCCUCUAAGCAGUCAAGUGAUUUAAGGUCAGCGGCUCCAGCAAUCAGCAAAUUUCUUGCGCGUAUAAAGCGAGCUAGCAACGCUGAGAUAACCAUAUUGCAAAAGCAACUGGUCAGCGCUCUCAAAAAGGUAACCAUCUUCCUCGACUGUUAUCUUAACAAACUGAAGAUGGAGAAAUACGUCCAGAAAUACUGCGAAUUGGGUAGUGACAGUAUUGGGAAUCUCUAUAACAGAGCAAACGGUCUUUUUGACUUCAAUUCUGUCUCGUGUAGAACAAAAGAUGGGUUCCCUUACACUGAUUUGAAUAACGUCAAGGAACGUAUUGCCGCUAAAGCAAAAGAAAAGGGGUUCCUCACUGAUUGUGUCUUGAAUAGCAAAGCUAAGAAACAAAAAGCAUGUGAACUAAAUGGUGAUGGGUUUAAUCCUAAGCAAAUUGCAUCGAAGAUGAGUUUGCAGGAGUACCAAGUCAAUCAUUUUUUGAAGACAUGCCCUGAGCAGCCGAUAACUCCUAGUAUUUUAACACAAAUCUGCACAUACAGGCAGUUCUGUGCACCGGAGUCCAGAAUUGCUUCACUAACAAGGAUUUCCCAAGCGCGACUCCUUAACAUACCCUGCCCUUGCCCUGAGUUGCUGAAUUAACGGUGUUAGAUUUUAAGCAGAUUUUGUUUUGUAUGAGUGUGAAAAUCAUUUUACGCGAUGAGGGGGUACCUUGUCGUUGCUGUGACAAAAACAUGUUCCAGCACUUUCAAUGGAUGAGAAGUGAACUUGGUCGUCCUAAUUCGUAAAUUCCUUAAAAUAACCUUCACAUUUUAUCAAACCCUGAAGACAACCUCUUGGCCGGGCCUCUGGGCACCGUUAACUCACAGAUCAAAUUGGAAUUUUCAUAGCAUGCUAAAUUUUGUGGCGAGGGAAAAACCGGAAAAACUGGGGAAAAACAUUUCCUAACAAACUCUUCUCACAUGCGAUGAAGGAGUCCAGGAAUAUCGAACCUGUUUCCCCAGAGAUGAGAGGCGAGCUGCGCUAAUAAUAUGCCAUCCUUGAAUCCAUACUGCAAUAGUGGUUUACCACGCCGCUUUAAAGUCAUAUUACAUAAUACAUUCAUAUUCUUCGACUGCACGUUACGUCAUCGCGGCCUCUCGGGGGAGCGUUGGUGCCAUUUAACAAAAGAUUUCUUAUUAACAUCAAUUGGGACAUCUAUUUUGGGAAUGCUUGCAACCCAUCAAUUAGAGACCUUUAGCAUCAGGUUUACCGCUAGCUGCUAGUGAUCAGGGCCAGAAACACGGAGAAACAUGUACACUCAGCAUUAAUGAAAUUCAAUAUGGCGGUUCUUACAGUAAUAGAGAGUUUUAGAUUGACUUUUUUUCUCCCCGCAAACCCAAACGUGACCACGUUUUCAUAGU